AUGGAGAAGGCUUUUGCUACGGGGAACAGCCGUGCCCUUUAUCAACUGAUACGAUCGACUGGCCCUAGGAAAGCAACGGUCAGCGAGACGAUAGGUGAAAAAGAUGGCUCAUUAAUUCACUCGCAAAAACGUCGACUGGAGAGAUGGGCCGAACACUUCGAAGAGCAGUUCAGCUGGCCUCCUGCAACACAGCCGGUGGAGAUAGUGCAUACGGGCGAAUGGAAUGUAAACCUUGAUCGCCCUUCGGAAGAAGAAAUAAGGUAUGAAAUAGCCGUACUGGAACGUGAGAAGGCACCAGGACCGGACGGUCUGUAUCCAGCCCUCUUCAAAGAAGGCGGAAAUUCCCUGGUGACCCACCUGACAAAGCUUAUUGGUACUAUGUGGGACGAAGAGAAAGUGCCUGCAGAAUGGGGCAUGUCGACAGUUAUCCCUAUCUUCAAAAAGGGUGCGCGGACGCUAUGUGAUAACCACCAUGUCAUCAGCCUGUUAGCUGUAGCAUCGAAGGUGCUCUCUGGCCUUAUCCUUCGAAGGUUGACUGAACACAGGGAGAGGCAGAUCCGUGAAAACCAAGCUGGGUUCCGUCCUGCAAGAGGUUGCAUCGAUCAUAUCUUCACCCUCCGACAGAUUCUGGAACAGCGACACUGCUUCCAGCAACCAACAAUGGUUGUUUUUCUUGGUCUGAAAGCUGCCUUUGACUCUGUGGACCGCCAAGCACUAUGGCAGUGUCUGUGGUGCAAAGGUGUCCCGCAUAAAUUCUUGACCCUCAUUAAGGCGCUGUACGCCAACUCCAGCGGCCGUGUAAAGGUCUACGGGAAGCUUUCUCCUGAGUCCACCACAUCCAAUGGUGUCCGACACGGCUGUCCUCUUUCACCUUUCCUGUUUAACUUCGUCAUUGAUACGAUCAUGGAAGACUCACUACCAGCCUCUAAUGCCCGUGGGGUCGAAGUGCUCCCUGGGCCUCCGCUCACAGACAUCGAGUACGCAGACGACAUAGCUCUUCUUGGAUCUGACCCCGUGGCAAUGCAAACAAUACUAAAUAAUCUAAAUAAUUCUGCCUCGCGGUUUGGUAUGCGCUUCACACCUGCAAAGUGUAAAGUGCUACUGCAAGACUGGGUGGGCUCGAACCCUAACCUCAUGCUUGCGGAUGAACCGAUUGAGGUAGUAGACAAAUUUGUUUGCGUGGACAGCUGUAUCAGUCCCGGUGGUUUGGCGAAAGAUGAUAUUUCUAUCCAGAUUGGAAAGCAGCUUCUACAAACCUACGUCACCUGUGGCGUAGGCGUGACAUCAGCUUCUCUGUCAGGGUCAAGUUUACAAUGUUGCGGUGCGCUCCAUAUUACUAUAUGGCUCAGAAACCUGGCCGCUGCGCGCCGAGGACGUCAAAAGACUCAGUGUUUGACCAUCGAUGUCUUCGGAGCAUUGCCCGAAUCUGGUGGGAAUACCGGAUCAGCAAUUCUGAAGGUGGAUGUGAAUUUGGCCCACCACGUUGCCGGCGGACAACAUUCCGGGAUAGUUGUGAACAAGGGGAUAAAAGGAACUGAUGGCAUGGUCCUAGAUGUGCCAGAAAUGCAGCUUGAGUUCACUUGUAUUAUGUUCAACAAAAGAACAUCGGAAACACACGCAGAAAAUCGACGUCUUAAAUUCUGGUUCACUGAGGGCACCCAACAAAUCGCUCGUCUCAAUGAAUCCUACUCGUUUUUUCAAGAUCUCGUCAACCCUGAUGUGUUUCCACGAGAUUAUGCCGGAUUCAUCAAGAAAAUACUGGACCAGCUACACGGGUCUCGUUUCCCUCGACUCCGUCGCGUCGACCUGGAUCUGGUAACACUCGACCCUCGGGAACAAGAGGCUCUAGUACCAGAAAGAGACAAACGACCACCGGAACAAGUGAUUCGUGAAGCGAUUCAAAUGCGUUUGGAGGAAGCCUACCCCAAUGUGUUGUCUAUGGAGGACCUAGUCCGGAUCUUGGAGAUUGAAGACCGAGCCUUGCUCAAGCUUCAGCUGGAAGCUUUACAAGAACGUGACUUGAUACAACUCGUUCCGUUGGAAGGUAAAAACGUUGGUCAGCUUGGAUUUCGGCGUAAGAUCCAUCUUCAAAACCAAGAUCCCUAUCGUGGAUACCAUCAUUGUGUGGAAAUAGCACCAGGUUUGUGCUAUAAAACGACUGCACUACCCCGUCAGUCCACUGAACAAUUUCUUAUUUGUUUCUCACUUUCUUCUCGCCUUCAUCCCCAUCUGAAAUCAGAGGUCAAAGAAGUCAAAGAGGCGGACCACAUGAAACGGGUGUCGACAUCGGAGAAGCCGACUAUAGCCAUAAUAACGAAUUUGCUUUGUGAGAAACUUGCUGUGGACGCAAUGAUCGAACAGAAAACCACCUUUGUACGCUAUAAAACGGAAGGUGGUGAAUCCAAUGUCUACACCAUUGGAAACAUCGGUCCUCAUCGUGUCAUCUCCACGAAGCUAGCAAUGGUUGGAAGAGAGCUCCAAGCAAAAAUAUCCUCGGCCAGCAUUACCACACGUCUUUUGGGUAGGUUAUCAUCAAGUUCAUUUGAGUCAUCUUACCACGUGCCGUUGUUUAUCAAAGACCUGUUUUGUGAGCUGUUUCUGUUGAUGCUCAUUCCCCAUUGGUCCACUUUACCACCACUUUAUCGUAAUCCGUCGCUUUCACAUAUGUUUCCAGGUGCAUUCCAGACGGUACAACAUGUGUUCCUAGUCGGUGUGGGUGGUAGCGUGCCACAUGUGUACGAGUUCGAGAAACAUUCGAGGCUCGGAGAUGUUGUUGUCAGUGCCCCAGUCCGGUCGUCGAACGGCCGCAGUCCCAUGGGAAACGGAACUCAUUCAUCUGUUUGCCCUCUGGAUGUGAACAAGCCGGGCGACCCGGUCUACAUCUAUUGUGAUCAUUUGAUCGAACGCGACCCAAAAACACCGAAAUCCACUCCAUUCAAAUUCGUACUCAAGCGAUACGAAAUUAGGGACUCAACUUUGUUGAAUUGUGUUGAUCGGGUGUUGGACCGUUUUGAAUCCGACCCGAGCAACUGUCAAUGGGCUCAGAUUCUAACCUCAUGCACAAAUGCUGUGGGUGAACAUGAAUGUUCCGUCAACUUCAGUCGACCUCCUCCAGAAACGGAUAAACUCAAAUUGAAGAUAGAUGAAGGUGUACGGGUAGACAUAAAACACCCGGAAAUUCCGGAGGAUUUGGAACGAUUUUAUCCACCCGGCAUCCCGGCCGUUCGACUGGGUUGUUUUGGAUCAGGACGACCAAUCACGGACAACGACAAGUUGCGCGAUUUCUUUGCAAAAGAACACCAGUUGCUAUCUUACGACUCUGAAUACGAUCAAGUCCUGGAGUCUGUAUUGGGCAACGGAUUGAAUUCAUUCCUCAUCAUUCGUGGAAUGGCGGAUUAUGUAGAAGGAAGACAAGACACCCAAUGGCAACCGUAUGCAGCACUUGCCGCAGCCUCGUUUAUGAAGGCGGUUAUCCUCGAGCUUCCUUCGUCUUAUAGCCCAUAGUUAGGCACAGUUCAUUUGCUAUCGCCUUUAUUUUUUUGUUUUCGGCUCCGCUAUUUGCCAAAGACAUGGAUGUUCAACCUCAUUUCCCCACCGUUUAUAUGUUACUCGUUUGCUCACCAUGUUGGACUAUUACUAGUAGUAUGUACAGCCUUAUUCACCCGUUCACAAUCAACAACUUUACCUAACUUACAAUAACACUUUUGGCCUCAUUUCAUUUGAUUUUGUUUUCCCUCUCCCCAUCAUUCUAUCGCAACCCGAGUGCAACUUGUGGGAAUUCCCGGUUCUUCUUUUCUUUCGACCGAUUGACUAUUUUAUACGUUUCAAUCCAAUAGCAAAUUUCGCCAUGCUUGUUCACUCUCGGAUUUGCACAAAUUAAGAUGGAAGUUGUCCCGUUCAUUCCUAUUCCAUCUGAAUCUCACGGAACUAAAUCGGUCGCUGUUAGGUUAAUACUUAUUCGUUUAUACAUUUUUGGGGUAAAACCUGUGAAAGGCUGGUUGCUUCGGCAUUAUUCAGGGUACCUGGUGAUUUAUUUCAGGUCAAAUUCUGUACUAUUCACCACCACCCUCCAUGCCUGCAAGGGCCUCUAAGGAGUUUCAGUUUUGACCGUCAACCGAUUCAAC